AUUUAUAUUUGAGAACUUGUGUAUAAGUGCAAUUGUCUAACCCAUUUAAACUUGCUAUCUUAGAGCUGACAAGAUCAGUAGACAUUGAGAUUGGCCUCAGCUGACGAUAAGUUAUACACAAGCUCCGAUUGUCGGCAAGUUAAUGUUCGCUGGCCACAGUUGUUGUCAAGCUCAGUGUUCACUAGCCACAACUUUCGACAAGUUCAGUGAUCACUGUCUACAACUUUCGACAAGUUCAGUGUUCACUAACUACAAUUAUCGAGUCGGCAAGUUCAAUGUUCACAAGCUACAACUUGGUGUAGCAAAUUUCAGUGUUUGCUAGCCCCGACUGUUGAUAAGUUCAGUAUUCACAAGCCACAACUAUCCACAUGUUCAGUAUUCAUUAGUCACAUCAACUGACAAAUUUAGUGUUCACUAGCCACAAGUUUUGCAACCAUGAAGUUCAGGGGAAAGAUGGUUGAUAUCUCCUGUAUACGACAAUUUGCAAAUAUUGUAAGCACAGUAGCAAGAUUAGCCAAAUCAUGUGUUCUUCGCAUCACUGAUGAACGCUUGUUCUUCAUCAUUAAUGAAGCUGGAUCUGUAGGAAGCACACCUGGUCUCUGGGCAGAGCUUGACCAGGGGCACUUCUUUAAUGAGUUUAACAUGGAAGGUGUUUCACAGGAAAAUAAUGAGAUUUAUCUAGAACUGCAAUCAGAUAACCUCUCAAAAACACUGAAUUCCAUUAAAUCCACUCAAGCAGCUGCACGAAGUCUAAAGGUGAAGCUUACAAAGAAGCACACACCUUGCUUAACAUUAGAAGUGGAACUGCCAUCUCUAUCAGUUCAUGCAAGAACUGUGGUGCAUGAUGUUCCAGUGCAGCUAAUUCCUCGGAGACAAUGGUACCUUUAUCAAGAGCCAGAAAUGCCCCAGUUUGAUGCAUCAGUGUAUUUGCCUCCACUUCGUCAACUGAAGCAUGUAGUGGAGCGCAUGAAGACGCUCUCGACACACAUUACACUCGCAGCUAACAGGAAUGGCACACUGGUUGUGUCUGUGUCCACUGAUGUUGUUAAUGUGUCUACACAUUUCAAGCAAUUAUCUAUGCCUGUUUGGGAUGGGCAAGGUAAUAAUGAUGAUGAUGAUCCAGAAGUGCUUAAUUCGGCCACAGUGGACAUUAAAAAACUGGCUUUCUUCCUUCAGGGUGAUCAAGUCAACCCAACCAAGGUCAUUUGUAAUAUUGUUGAGAAGCGUGUUAUUCAUAUGUUCCUCUUGCACGAUGACGUGACCUUGCAGUAUUUUCUUCCAGCGGCGUCAAACACCUAGCAAUCCCAAUAUACAGUCAAUUUAUUUUUUCUUAGAAACUCGUGCCCCUUGAGUGGGUGGUAACAUCAACAGCUCCUGCCUUUUACAUAAUCAUCUAUUCCAUUUUAUACCCUCUCAUUUUCUUAUGGCAUCUGUUCUGUAUGCUCUGAUCUUCACCUGACCCCAUUUCAUGAUGUUCAUUGAUUAUGGUCACUUAAUUUCAUUGUAGAAUAUCUUGUAUAUUUUAAUUUCAAUCCUGUCAUCCAUCAUUCUUUACAAGUGCACUACAAAUUGUGUGUUCAAUAUAUUCCGUUACUUUCUCUUCAUUUAUUAGUUGUAAAAGCAUCCACAAAUUGUGCUUUUUAUGUUUGAAUUAUUAAUUUGUUUAAUUUCAUAUCUGUAGUCUCAAAAGGAGAAGACAAAAUCUGUUUUUUUUUUGUUUUUUUUCAGUUAUAUUUCUUAGGAUUCCUUGGAAGUAUUAUAUCAUUACGAACACUUACAUAUUUUGCCACAUUUCAGCAACUUCCUUGCUUCUCGCUUAUCUUGCAUUAUGUUAAAUUCCUUCACUAUUAUAUUUCUUCCAUGCACCUUCUCUGGUAUUCUCAGGAAACUAAUAUAUUUUCCUUGCUUUCGUAACUAUCCAUGCUCUUGUACAAGGGCACUAUUUCUUCCUGUACAUACCCAGUAGUUAUCUAGUACUUUUUUGUUCUAGGCUUGCAUACUUACAUUUGGUACAGUCCAUCUACGAAUGUCAUCAGCAUGUUUUUAAUAUCUUCAAUUAUUUCAUUUGUUCCAGGAAACUUUCCCUGAUUUUGUCCUCCUUGCAGUUUUUCUUAUCACCCGUGACUAUGUUUUGUAGCUUGAUGUUUUCUCGUUACUUCCUGACUUCCCUCUUCCUAUUUGAUGACACUAGCUCUAAUUAGCACUCAUUCCAUUGUUCAUGUCUCUGAUCAUCUUUAGAUUAGAAACUUCCUUCUAUACCUCAUUAUUUUGUACCCCCGUUUUUGUCUCUUACUCUUUCUUACUUCUGCACAUACAGUUUUGUUUGAUCAUGUGUACUGUAUUACCGAAAUACGUUAUUAAUUUUUGAGUCAAUUUAUUCAAUUUUAUUCCCACUCGUAUAUAUUUACUGAAUUGUAUUCUGUAAUAAAAGUUUUUAAAUAAUUUUCUUUAGGUAUGGGUACAAAGUAAACAAAAAGUAAAUCACAGAAUGGUACCUUGAAAGACAAAUAGUUUUAC